AUGCCGCGCUUGGGUGAUUCCCAGAAUGAUGAACCAGCGCCCGCAGCCCCUGAAACUCCGGCCGCCACUGAUGACACCGUGCCUCAACACAAAACACCCAAAAAGAAAGAUUACGACUCAUUCGGCAAGAAAGGUGGAUGGAAUAAUCAUAAAAGCCACCCCAAGGACCAGCGAAGGGACCCAGAUAGCACCGGAAGAACCGACAGAGAGCGCAGAGCUUUCCGCAACGAGACUCGCAGGGAGGCCAAAAAGGAACCUCGCAAGGAUUGGCAAGACAGAGCCCAAAAAUCGAAACAGCUCUCAGAGAAUAGGGGAAAGAGAAAGCCUGAGAGCUGGCAAGUGCAAAAAGCAGCUUUGAAGGAGAAAUUCGCUGGUGGUUGGAACCCACCCAAAAAGCUUUCACCUGAUGCCCUCGAUGGAAUCCGCCAUCUUCAUGCGAAGGCUCCCGAACAAUUCACGACCGCUGUCCUCGCAGAGGAGUUUCAGAUGUCCCCGGAAGCUAUUCGCCGAAUUUUAAAGAGCAAAUGGCGCCCAUCGGAGGACGAGAUGGAGAGUCGGCGCAAGCGAUGGGAGAACCGACACGAUAGAAUCUGGAGUCGUAUGGCCGAGCUUGGUCUUCGCCCUUCGACCGACCGGACGCGAACACUUUCCGACUUCCAUGUGCUGUAUGAUGACAACAAUCGCAAGCGAAGAUAG